GUCUUCUAACUCUAGAGAGUGUGACAGAUGAGCACGCUGUUGACAAGAUUAAGGUGGCUUCAGCAUUCUUCGUUCUUAGAGUUGAAAGCCUUUGUCUUUCUUUGGUUUCAAGCUAGUUGGCUUCUGUCACGAGAACUCUCAGUUCCUUUCGAAUACAUGACUUGAGUUCCUCUAUAUCAGGCUUCAAUGUUGCGGUCCUUCUCCAGUAUCCUUGCAAGUGUAUAUUGUCUUCCUUGUGGUUGAAUGUAUUUAUGGCGAAUACGAACAGAGAGAUUGACGAUGUAGUGUCUCAGCUUUAAUGAAAGUGCAAGGUACAUGCUAUGCGUCUCAUCAGUUUGAGGUUUGAAACUCUUUAGCUUCUCGUUUACGAAGUUGUCAGUUCUCGAUGAUUCAUUGCUGGAACGAAUAAAAAUAGCCUUUGGGAGCAUAGGAGCAGUUUCAUCGCAUCUUUCUCUCCGAUUUGAAUCGUCCGUCGGGACGAGAACAAUUUAUAUUUGCUCCGACCAGCAAAAACAGUUGUAUUUUUCGAAGAAUUUUACAGGUUCGAGGUUCCCUUCUGCCGACGAAGAUCCAAGUCCUCUGAGAAGUUCUUGAGACCCACAACAAGUCUGCAAUACUUUUCCAAGGAUUUCCGGUUGCCGAAUUCUACGAUGAAACUGCGACUCUGUGCUUAGCAGUCAUGAACGAUCUGCUGGCAAGAGUGUUCUCCAGACGAGAUGUCGUACCAGAUGAUGUCGAGAGAGGACCCGCAGCGUUUGCAAUGGAGGAAGGCACAAGUUCGGAAGCAGGGGAUGAGCUGUCAGGCUUCUUUCAGGAGGUCGAUACGCUCAAGAAGGAAAUGGCAAGAGUCCGAGAUCUUCUGACAAAAUUGCAGGACGCACACGAGGAGAGCAAAACUGCACGGCACACACCGGCCCUACAAGAGCUGAGAGAUCGGAUCAACGAAGACAUCGGCGAGGUGACCAAGACCUCCAGACUCAUAAAGCAGGGCCUGGAGGAUCUCAACAAAAGCAACGCUGCCAGUCGCGAGAUCAAAGGGUGCGAGAAAGGCAGCUCCACCGAUCGGACGAGGAUCCAGCUCACUAACAGCUUGACGGAAUCGCUGAAGGAUUUGAUGCAUGAUUUCGGCACUUUGCGCACCAGGAUCGUCGGAGAGUACCGCGAAAUCAUCGGACGGAGCUACUACACAGUCACAGGCCAGAGGGCCGAUGAGACCACGAUCGAUCGCAUGGUCGAGAGCGGAGAGAGCGAGACCUUCAUCCAGAGAGCCAUACAAGAGCAGGGCAAGGGUGAAGUGAUCGACAGUCUGCGCGAUAUCCAAGAGCAGCACGAGGCUGUCAAGGACAUCGAGAGGAAUCUACAAGAACUAAACCAAAUCUUCGUGGACCUCUCGGUGCUCGUCGAGGCACAAGGGGCACUCGUGAAUGACAUCCAGACCAACGUCGAACGAGCAGAUUCCUACACCAAACGAGCUGCUGUGCAUCUGCAGGUCGCCAAGACUCAUCAGAGGAAAAACCGGCUCUGGAUGUGCGCCGGGGUGUCUGUCAUGCUCAUCGCCGCUGGAGUUGUGGCUGCCAUCAUUGCAACGGCAAAGUGAAACUCUUUGUCCCCUGGGUCCCAUGACCUCCAGUCCUACAUCCGCUGUUCUUUCAGCCAAUUUCUUCUGACAGUAUUUUCGACUACUAUCAUUCGAAACCAGGCCCCAAUUUGAACCAGGGCACCCCCACCCAUCUUCAGUUUGGAAUCAGAGUCUCAGAGAUAAAAUUAGCCAGGGCUUCAUUGAUUCACGACAGAUUUCCUGUUCUUCAUUACACUCCAGAGUUUCUACAUCUCAAAGAGGAGUGAGUAUCUGUACAAGCUCCUGCACCCGAGGAGGAGGAGGAGUAGAAGUAUCUGAUCCCUUUGUACAAAUUUAGUAGUGAGGCAAACUGGCGUUGAUGGCAAUACCUUUUACAAUCUAUUUAACAUGGAAAGAAAUCAAGAAUUAAAUUCUUUCAUCU